AUCUUUUAGCCAAUUGGAACGCUUUCUGCAGACGCGCGCAACUUAAAUCAGGAAGUGCAGUGUUUACUUCUUACGGCUUAUCCGUCGAGUGACUGGAAUCCUAAAAGCCUCAAAAGUAUAUAACAGAUUUAUUGUUAGGAAAGUAAUUUCAGAGGAAAAUGUCCAAUGGUCCUGAAUCAACAAAUGUUUCGUCGCUCGGGAAGGGUGACAGUUUACAUCACCAAGUUCUCGCCUCUUUCCCGCUGUGUGACAUGACGGAGGAGGAUCUGACCCAGAGCCCCCAGUUCUGUAAACUUCUGGCCACUCUAGCACAACAUGUGGACCGAACUGGACUCACUGCUACGCUCAAAACCGAGCUGGACAAGGCUGAGCAGAAGCUGCAGAGUCAGAGGCGGCACUGGCUGCGUUCUGAAAGCCUCCACAGGGGACUGCAAGAGAUGAUCCAGGACCACUGUGUCAGGAAACACCAUACCACUGUACCCCCUGAGCAGAAUAUGUUUUAUGAGACAAUGGAGAAGUGUCUGCUGGUAGUUAAGUGCACCAGACUGCUGGAUCCUAGCAGCACAACCAACCAAGACCAGCCAUUUAUCCUGGGUUUGAACCCUCAACAAGUGAUGGAGCUAAUGCCUUCUGAGAAAAAUGUUCUUCGAAUGAAGCAGAGUCUACCCAGAGAGCUGGAGAAACAUCUGAAGAAAAGUGGGAGUCUCCUCUCCUACUACCAGCCUGAAUGGGAAAAUGAGAGUGAGGGUCUAAAAAACACCAAGUUGUCUCACCUGUCUGCUCAGCUGGACAAAGAGAGGAAAAGGGCAGAAAUUUUAAAAGAGACCUGCCAGGAAAACACAGUUCUCUUGCAAAGACAGACUCAACUCUACCUAUCUGAGCUGACAAAAUGUAUUCAGCUUCUCCAGUCUCUCAUACUGGACCACAGACUGAAGAUUCAGACCGAUUUGGACAGGAAGAAGUUAGACUACUUUGAAGGCAAAUGUGAAUUGGUGUUGCAGAAAAUCAAGACUGAGAUGGUGGGUAUUCAGUUGGAAAUGUACACACCGGAUUCAAUAGCUGCUCAUAGAAAAAUAAGAGAGAUACUGGAGUCUGAGCUGAAAGCCUGUCAAGAGGAGAAACAGUCUGUGGAGUCAAAGCUGGCUUCUUUCGAGAUCUUAGGAAAGGAGUUUGUGACCCUGGCGGAGGAGUACAGCAGACUACGGCGGGAGAUAGAAACGAAAAACUGGGCCCUGAAGGAAUUCACCCAGUACAAAACCAAGUGAAGAUCAUCUUUGGUGCUGGGACAAUACGCAGCUGCUCCUUUCUCAUUGUUUCAUAUUUCUCAUCAAAUAUUUUUUAAUUCCACAAAUUCUGCUUUCUUAAAGAGUCAAGCCUCCUCUCUUUAUCACCAUGAUAAUUUGCACUGCAUUUGUGUAUGUUGCAACUGAAGACACACAAAAACUAAAUAAAUAGUGCAUUUACUGACAGAGCUUGUCUGAAUAGUUACAUGUUAUAUAUAUUCUAUACUAAGAUGUGAUCAUAAUGUACAGUAUUCCAAGACAAGGCCAGAUGCAUGUAUGAAAUAAGAAGGGUACUAUGUACUCAAUACAGUGGUGUUUUGUUUUUGUUUGUUUUUUUACACAGGGUUGAUCUAUGGUUAAUAGCAGCACUAAUUUGGGAACAUAUAAAAUA